ACUGAAUCGCCUUGCCUUGCGAGUAGAAGGAGAUGGCGAUGAAGAGCAAAUACCAGAAGAUGACGAUAGAGCUGAAGCUGGUGGUGGACAAACAGAGAAACAAGGUGAUAUUCGCGGAGGCUCAAAAGGAUUUCGUGGACUUGCUAGUCUACAUCCUCUCCCUCCCUUUGAGCGCUGUGGUGAAGUACCUGGAACCCAAAGGCCCAACCAGCCUCGGGAAGCUUCACAACAGCCUCCUGUCGAUCAUGAAGGCAGGCUACAUCAAUCCUCCACCCAAAGACAAUUCAAUUGAACCUAAGUUGUCGACCUAUGUCCCCGUUUUGCGUCAGCUGAGUUCGAGUCCUAAAUGGGUUCGCAAUCCCGUGUUGAACAUGGAGCAGGCGAGCUACGUGAAGCCAAUGGUGCCCUACAUGGUCGCCGACGAUCUUUCGGUUUCCCCUUUGGAUUACCAUUCGGUUUCUGUUGUUCUCAAGGGCUACGGCGAGGUGGUGGAGAAGGUCGUUGAAUUCGGAACUUCUCAGGUUCUGGAUUUGUUGCAGGCAACCUUGUACUCCGAGACACCUCUCACUAGCGUGUUCCUCAAGGCCAACUGAUCAAUGGAGUUCUUUUCAUCAGCAGCUAGCAUGUUCUAUUUUCCCGAGUAUUUAGUUUACUACUACUUCUGAUUCCUUGUUACUCAUGCAUGAAGAGACAUCCCUCAGAAAUAUCUUUGUGUUGGAUUACAAUUGGUGAAUUACAUUUAAUUGUCCAAACUAAACCUAGAGGCUCUAUUCAGAAGAGGCCUCUAUAUAUUCAUUGUCCAAACUAAACAAACAUACUUGGAACGA